AUGUCUGCCUUACUGAAACACCUGUGUUGGUCGCGGUUUGUCGUGUGGCUGGCAACCUUGAUGAUGGCGAUCAACAACAUCUGUACCGUCGCGCAGGAGUCGAACGACAGCAUGUUGACUCUCGGCGCGGUGUUUCCCCAAGAAAACGUCUCGGAGUUCCGGCGGACCAUGGAACGCGCCAUCGCGGACUACAAAAACGACUACCCCAACAUCAGUGUCAACCCCCUCACGGUAACUCCGGGAAAUAACCCACAGGAGAUGCUGAACGAAACGUGCGAGUCUCUGGCCGGGACUAACAUAGCUGCUCUGCUGGUGGUGGGGGAAGCCAGGACCUUCCAGAUCCUGUCCCUGUACGGCGCACAUCUGGGCAUCCCUGUGGUGGGCAUCAGCCUGAAAUACCUUUCCUCGCCCCAAAAGUUGGACAUCCCGUUGGUGGUGCGUCUGGAGCCAGCAUUUGGCCAUCAGGCCCACGCCAUCGUCACCCUGCUGGAGCGGAACGUGCUGUACAGCUUCGCCGCCUUGGUCAUCGGCCAGACCUCCAUGGACUACGAGUUCAUGGCGAAACUGCACAACCUCACAUCCGGGGUACACUGGCAAGCCUCCAAGAAGAUUUCUCUCGCGAGAGAUGACGAGAGUCUGAGUCGGCACCUGAUGAACUUGAAGCAGAGUAACUGCAGGGCGUUUGUUCUGCACGGAUCUCCCAGCGACGUCAGGAGGGUGUUUCGGGUUGCCAAGACUCUGGGUCUGACGGGAUCAAACCACGCGUGGAUCCUAACACAAGCUGCGGUCACUACAGCUCAGCAUAUACUGGAGGACUAUCCCGUCGGGGCCGUUGCAGUGAGGUAUAGUGACGACUCCCUUACUGACAAGAUUUAUGACGGCACGUUUCUUUUAAUGGACUCCUUCAACAAAGUCAACAGAGAUUACAACGGGAACGGAGCUCUGCAGCGCCGGAAGGGGUGCUGCGACGCUUCGGACAGUUACAAUGAAAAGUUUCGAUCGGAGGAUUAUUACAAACACGUGCUUCACACCAAGACACGCAGCAGAGGCAGUCUGAUCCAGUUUGACCAGAACGGGAUGUCAACCCGAGCCACCUACGACCUGCUGGACCUGAAGAGAGAAGACGAUGGUCACAUGACGUGGGCCGAUGUUGGCCAAUGGGACGACGGCACGCUUCGGCUCAAGUCGGGCGCCGGAGACAACCUCGUGCUCUUCGCCGGCAGCCUCGGCAAGAAACGCAUCGUGACGAUCGCAGAGAAGCCGUUCACCUACGUCACACCUCUCCUGGACUCCCAGCAUCCCUGCAACUCUCGCGUGAAGUGCCUGAUUCCCGUGGAAAAUAGGACGACGCACAAGUUCACCAUAGAAACCACCAACGACGACAACCUGUACCAGUAUGACGACACCAACUCCACCUACACCAUACAGUGCUGUGAGGGUCUGGUGGUGGACCUGAUGGAGGCCAUCGCCACGGACCUGGGGCUGGAGUACGAACUGUACCACGUGGCGGACUCCAAGUACGGGUCGAAUGUGAACGGGACGUGGAACGGCAUGGUGCGAGACUUGAUGGACGGGAAGGCGGAGAUGGCCAUCGGACCAAUCAGCGCCACCAUGAAUCGCUAUGACGUCAUUGAUUUCACGGAGCCGUUUGCCCACUCGGGUAUCGGCAUCAUCGUGGCCAAACGGACGGACAAAACUUUGCGCUGGGACAACUGGCUGAUGACCUUCGUGACCUUACACUUUGUGGCCGUCGUCAUCACCAUCUUUGAGUGGUUCAGUCCGUACGGACUCCACCCCAGGGGGAGGGGCAGGAACUCCAACUUCGGCUUCCCCUCGGCCCUGGUCAACGUGUGGUCCAUUCUCUUCUCUCACACCGUCUACACAAAACCACCAAAGAGUUGGAGCAGCCGAUGGGUCAUAAACUUCUGGGGAGCCUUCUCUUUCAUCUUCCUGGGGAGCUACACGGCAAACCUGGCGUCAUUCAUGGUGGCACAGGACCAGUACUACAACCUGGCGGGGCUGCACGAUCAAAGGUUGAUCAGCGGUCCGCUUCUAUACGGGGUUGCCAGAGGAACGAGUAUAGAGACGUAUCUAGAAGAGAGGACACUCCUGACGAAAAAGAAGGACCGUUUUAUCCCAGUUAACAUCACGGAGUUCGGGAUCCGUCAGCUCAAAAAAGGCGAGAUUGAUGCAUUUUUCGCUGGCUCCAACCUGCUGGAGUAUCACAUCGCCAACGACCCGGAGUGCGAGAUAGUCAAAGUCGGGAACGUGGCUGCGGCGGAGGGAUACGCCUUUGGUGUCCGAAAGGGCUCAGCCCUGAAGAACCCUGUGUCGUCUCUGAUCCUGCACUACUCCAGUAACGGAUAUCUGGACGAGCUGACACAGAAGUGGUACUCCACAGGGAGCUGUCACAAGAAGAAGCGAGAUCCCAAUGAGGAGAAGCGACAACUAGGAGUCAAACAUGCGGAGGGUUUGGCACUUUUUAUGAUUGCCGGGAUCGGACUGUCCAUGAUCGUGCUCGUGCUAGAGUACGCCGUGUACUUCUGCGUCCUGCCCUGCCUGAAGAGACGAAAGUGUAAGAGGUGGAUGCCAGUCAGCCAGAGACUUCAUCGCGCGGUGAACAAGGACGACUUGGCAGGGCCCAAGUCUGCUCUUAAAGAAAUGGCCAACAUCGUGAAGAGGGGCCAGUUUUACCUCAUGUUCGAGAAAGACACUUUAAUCAAACUCAGGCAGCAACGGGCGGCAGCCUUUGCCCUUCAAAACCAACAAACCCAGAGGCGAGACGCCAGCGUCCAGACGCCUGCUAAGGUCGAGUGUUUUGAUGUCCGGACGUACUCAACGGAACGGAAAAUCUUUCCGGAUCCUUGUUCGGACGGUUCCGGAUCGUACGACAUGUCCACGUCAGACGAGGAGAAGAACACGGAGUCGAAGAAACUUUCCGCUGCAUCUGCAGCAGCCGUUGCGAUGGGUGAUUCAAAGGGAACGAGGCUGGACUUUAGCGUGGGGCAUGACGUGUUCCCCACAGCCAUGCUUCACCACGAUGGGUGCGGGACGCUACACAAGUGUUACACUCCAGGUGGGGACCUCAAACUCACCCCAAACGGAAACAUCUUUGCGCGGAGUCCUCAGUACGAGAAACAAUCAUCCCUCACAACCGACGCAAGAAGGCCCAUUUAUGCCAAGAUUCUCCCCACCUUAAGAGGUAGCCUGUCAAAGUCUUCCGAAAAUGUGACUCUUGAGAACGUGGAUGCCCAGUGGAAUCAGUUCUCAUUUCCAGACAGGCAACCUGAAAAUACAAACCUUCCUACCAACUCCAAUCCCCCCGACCCCUACUCCUUGAGACCACCCGAACUGCAGCCGCAAGGGGCCGCUUGUGCACGCACGCCGCCGCACUCGGCGCCUGAGUCGGAGACCGGCGGGGCAAAGUUCACGUUCGACGCUCGGGAGCUGUGUUCCCUGGACGACGAUCCCAUGCCCACCACAGACAUCAUGCUGAGAUGGCAGAGCGCGGAGCUGCAGCUUCGAACCGCGCUCAGAGAAAACGUCACGCUAAAGAGAAAACUGAGACAAGCGCGACAUUCGGUGCACAACUGUCCGCACUCCACUACCCUCUGGUAGCAACAGCAUCCAGAGGACACCAUAGUAUAGUACCCAUGCUUAGUGGGGAAUGUGUUGGUUAAAUAGCUUUCAUCAUUUUCACACCCUGGAAAACUUCAUUGUGUAAAUACUUGGACCUUCAGUUUGGCAUUCAAGAUCUAUACCUCGUGUUUUUGUAUGUCUGCUUAAGUCUGAAAGCAGAAGAGAAGAUUAUACAGUUAAAACAAAGCUAUUCAUACGCUGUGAAAUCUAAUUGGUGUGUUCCGUGUAUGAGUAGAUUUGUUGUUAACUGCACAUAGACUGAUUCUGCGGGAACAAAAAGUCUUGAAACUGGAAUUUCCUUCCGAUUGCUAGAUCUACAUAAAAGAAGAAUAUAGUUUAGAGGAGUUUUUUCGAACGAAGGGGAAAUAGGGGAACAGUUCCUAAACUAGAUGCACAUGUUAACGAGUUCGAGUACAGUUUUCUGGAGUAGUGAUUUCUGUAGGUAGGUAAGGUAUGCGACACUUACAAAAAUAACAGGAAACAGAAGAUGACAAAUAGAUCUUUGAAAAUACAAGGGUGCAAUCGAGUACACAAAAUGCGUCCUAACGUUUCUCGUCUUGUGUAAUUUUGACCUGGUCUUUUUUAGCUGUUACUAUCUUAGAGUGUGUGACAAAGCAACGAGAUUGACGAAUGUACAUUUUAAUCUGAAGAUCAGUUCUCAUCUAUUUUAAUACGUUUAGAUGGACCUGAGUGAAUGGAAGAACCGUUAAUGGUAGGUGAUUCAAAUGUACUUCAAUUUUUUUAGAUAAAACGAUCAAGACCAGCCAAUUCUAGCUUUUUUUUAGUAUUAUUGAAUGUUGGUGAUUGUUAAGAAGAAAGGUCUUUGCAAAGAAAGGAAACAAAAUAUAAACUAAAACUAAGUGUGCGUCGCCAAAUGCCUGCUUUGCAGACUUUUGCGUCGGAGUCGCUUUUUGAGACGGUGGUAUAUGUGAACAAAAGUGUGUAAAUUGUAUGGAUUCAUGCAUUUUAAUUAUAACCUAUUCUGUAUUAGCCAUAGUCCUAGAGUAUACACUUGGUGAUAAAAUUUGUUCCCAUUAGUAUCAAGUUUAACACAGAAGAAAAUAUUCUAACUGUAGAAAUUUAGUGUUGGCACUAAGGGCUUCGUCCUGCAAGAAUGCUGCAUCCUGGGAAAUAUUUGGGGCGUCGGUAUCUUUGUUUUAACGUAUGACGUCAGUAUCUGCAGGUAUAUAUCGGUACUAAGGCUGUAUAUUGUAAAUAUUUUCAGCUAGGACGACACUCUGAGUGAUAAAGUGACAACGGUAACGUGUUGGGCGUAUGUCGUUUUUACUCGUGACCCCUGUCUCUACUAACCCAUAGUUUAUGUGUCCACCGCUAUGUA